AUGGGCACAAAGUGCUCGAAACCUAGUUGUGAUGGCUUUGCAAAACCGCCAAGUGGAUGUACGUCUACGGUGCGUCCUAACCUGCAUCGGGACGGCGUGAUGGCUCCUCCGCCUGGAUCCGUGGUGCGUGACGGGAAGCUGAAAACCCCUUCGCGUCGGCUUUGCAUUGGCAACCCAUUCAAUUCCCGUUCGUCGAAUGAAACGCAAAAGACGAAAAAUGCUCCGGAAAGUGGUCUACGGGUGCCGACGGGUUUCCGCGGUGUCCUUAGAAGCGGAUGGGUGUCUCCCGGUGACGGUACCCCUGCCGCCAUUCACCCCAAACCUCCCGCACCGAGAAUAUCGCCUAGGAAUCCAACUAAACCGACCAACAUCAACGUGACGCUAAAUGAGGCCAUGACGAGGAACGAAUCUUCGCAAAGUAUCGACCAGAAUUGCAAUCACAAGCCUCGCCUGUUGGAAAGCGUGAAUGAAGGGAAUGGGAAGGAGAGAAAGAACACUGAGGCUUUCGGUGAAACUGUUAUCGUGGAGUCCAAGUUAUGUGUUCCCCAAAAGGUCAACGUUCGCUUUACUCAGAUACCUACGAGCAUCCCUGUCGUGACUCGUCUACAGUCGCCGCAGAAACUUGACUUCAAUUGCAACAGAGUACGUAAAUCCAACGCUGCAACGAGGACGGAUCGAUUUUAUGCCAAAUUCUCCCCGAAUUCGACCGGUCGUGCGAGUACCGAAGAGAAUCUGGGUCAUUAUGAUCCCAAGUAUGUUCCAUGGAUUGGGGAAAAUAUGCGCGACAAACGCUGCAUCGUUUCUGAGACUCCCGACUCCGAUAUCACUCCGAAGCGUGAUAACACAAGUGUUCUUCAAAACGGAUCAGUAAACAAGGCGAGUUCGUGGGAGUGCCAUAGAAAACCACAGCGUUCGAAAAUACCGCCUAGCAGGGGCUGCAAUUCCCUGAGUAGCCUCAAGCCGUCUCUUGAGUGCUCGGACUCACAACCCACCGCGUGGCGUUAUUUGCCAAAAGGAGCGUCUUCCCCGAAAUCGACGCCUGUCGAAACAACGGGUUCAUUGAAGAAGAAACGACCUCGUUACGUGGCAGUCACGGACCCGGCGACGAAGAGCUUUAAACUUCGUCCGCUGGCGUUUCCGUCGAAGGAAAGGGUUGCGGAUCUGAGUCCGGUGAGAUCCAUGUCCGGUGAGAGUCUGUCGUCGAUAUCCAUUGUUGGGAGUACGAGUGAAGAUGGGUCGCGCGAUGAUGACCCGCGGGAAGACGAGUUGUCUCGUGUGUUUGAGAAGGACCUGGAGACGGCGUUCAAGAAGUCGUUGCAGAAGCCGCGGAAAGAUGACGUCGACGCUAUUUUAGAUGGUGGUCUGGACGAUUUUUUGAUCGAUGACGAAAUUAGUGAUCAGCCGGACCUCCUGGCCAAUACCCAGACCGUUCUUGCCGUGACCCCAGGGGACAUUCCAACUGUUGAUGACGGUCCGUCCAGUUAUCUCAGUGUUGGCCAACUGACAUUCAGCACUAUGGGUUCGGAUCCUGCGAUGCUUGCGGAUUUGUCGGGUGAGUCGUCUAUUGAAGAAUUGCGUGAGAAACUCCGGCAAACCGGGGAAUCCGCUGGUCACUACAUGUCCUUGUUUGCCUCCAAUGACACGAAUCGACCUUUGUCGGACGAGUUCGUUCCUGCGCUUGGGAAAAAGUGA